AUCUCUUUCUCCGUCGUGGUUUCACUUGUACUCACUCACUCCAAGACCAAAACGGCGCCAUGCCUACCGUCAGUGUGGGGCGUGAUCGCCUGUAUGCUGCUCUAGGAAAGACUUACACGCAAGAGGAAUUCGAAGACUUGUGCUUCAGUUUCGGGAUCGAGCUCGACGACGUUACGACGGAGAAGGCAAUUGUGAGAAAAGAGAAGCAUUUGGAUGAAGAAGAAGCUGACGAGGACGAAGAAGUUAUCUACAAAAUCGAAGUUCCCGCCAACAGAUAUGACCUCCUGUGCCUUGAAGGGCUUGCUCAAGCCCUCCGAGUUUUCUGUGAGUUCCAGGAGAUUCCCACUUACAGAUUGUCCAACAUCAGUAAAGAUGCAAUACAGAAAAUGCACGUGAAGCCAGAGACUUCUCUGAUUCGUCCAUAUGUUGUAUGUGCUGUAUUAAGAGGUAUAACCUUUGAUAAAGUAAGAUACAGCAGCUUUAUCGAUCUGCAAGACAAGCUUCACCAAAACAUAUGUCGCCGAAGAACUCUUGUUGCCAUUGGAACUCAUGAUCUGGAUAAAUUGGAGGGCCCUUUCACCUAUGAGGCUUUGCCACCUUCAAGUAUAACUUUUACACCAUUAAAGCAGGAAAGAAACUUCAGGGCUGAUGAGCUAAUGGAGUUCUACAAAUCAGAUUUGAAACUCAAGAAAUUCUUGCAUAUAAUUGAGGAUUCUCCUGUUUUCCCUGUUAUAUAUGACAGUAAGAGAACUGUGUUAUCCUUACCCCCAAUUAUUAAUGGUGCACAUUCAGCCAUCACUCUGGAGACAAAGAAUGUAUUUAUUGAAUGUACUGCAACUGAUCUGACAAAGGCGAAGAUUGUUUUAAAUACAAUGGUGACAGCCUUCUCUGAAUAUUGUGAAAACAAAUUUGUCAUUGAACCAGUUGAAGUGAUUUCUUCUGAUGGCAAGUCAAACAUAUACCCUGAUUUAUCUGUCUACAAUAUGGAAGUUUCUCUAUCUUACAUUAAUGGAUUGAUUGGGGUAUCAUUGGAGGCAGAAGAGGUCACUAAGUACUUAAAUCGGAUGCAAUUGCAUGCCAAGCAGUCUGCAUCUCAUAAUAAGCAGUGUAACAUUGUGGUAUCUGUACCUCCUUCUAGAAGUGAUGUUCUUCACCCAUGUGAUGUUAUGGAGGAUGUGGCAAUUGCUUAUGGAUUCAAUGCUAUUAAGGAUAAAGCAGUAGUAGAUAAUAAGGGCUCAAAGAGGUUGGCUGCUUCCUUGACUCUACUUCCUCUGAAUGAGCUCAGUGAUCUUAUCAGAAAAGAGGUUGCUUUAAUUGGUUUCACAGAGGUCUUGACAUUUAUACUCUGCUCUAAAAAGGAAAACUUUGCCAUGCUUAACCGCAAAGAUGAUAAAUCUAAAGCAGUUAUUAUUGGAAACCCUAGGUCUUCAGACUUUGAGGCUGUGCGGACUAGUCUUAUGCCUGGCAUUUUGAAAACUGUUGCUCACAACAAGGAUCAUCCAAAGCCCAUAAAGAUUUUUGAAGUUGGUGAUAUAGCAGUUUUGGAUGAACAAAGAGAUGUUGGUGCAAAAAAUCUUCGCCAACUUGCUGCUCUGUACUGUGGUGCUAAUGCUGGAUUUGAGAUAAUUCAUGGCUUGGUCGACAGAGUAAUGGAAAAGAAUGGGGUUCCCUUUGUUUCACCUGGUGAUAAAUCAGGUUAUUAUAUUGAGCGGUCAGAUGAGCCUGAGUUUCUUGCUGGUAGACAAGCUAGAAUCAUUUACAAAGGAAAGCAUAUUGGCACUUUUGGCAUUGUUCAUCCUGAGGUAUUAAACAACUUUGACAUUCCCGAUCCCUGCUCCUUUGUUGAACUUAACAUCGAAAGUUUCCUAUAAAGAUCUGUAUCAGUUGGUAACCCCAUUUGUCCCAUUCGCCCUUUUGAAUAUAUUUAUUCAUCAAACUGGGGAAUCAAGAUGUUCAACUGCUUGAGUGACUAUAUAGGAAUCAAAACACUUCGUGGAACUUAGAACUACACUAGCUCGGGACCGGAAUGUUACUAAUAUGCCCUAAAUUAGAGUGUUUAGUUAAUUAUAUACCUGUAUCAUUUUCCUAAGUUUCUCUCCGUUGUUAAAUGUUUAGAACAUCAUAAGCUACGAAUUGGUUAGUAGGGAUAAUCUCGACCAUAAAUUAUAGUUAUUUUUUUAAAACAGUUGAUUUUGGCCUUAAAACCAAGACAGCAAGGAUAUUUAUUCGUUUGAAAAUUUUGUCAAUACAAAAGUGAGUCACCAGCCGUGUCUACUUCUGCGGUAGUUUGUCA